AUGGAAUUAUCAAACAAAAUUUUAAUUGCGCUUGGAAAAACAGAUUUUAGAGAAAAUUGCUUACUCCCCCUUCCAUGAGAGAAUAAACAAUUUUGUUCACUCAUGGUGAGCUAAUUUUUUUUUUAAAUUUAUUAUAAUAAAUUUUUGUUUUCGAAUUUAAAAAAAUCCCAAUUUGCAAAAAUUGAGAAGUAAAAAUUAAUAUAAUUUGUAAAAUUAUGUUUUAAAAUGCAAGUUGUUAAAAUUAAACAGAAUUAGCUAGAGAUCAUGAAAUAAUUAUCACUUAUAUAUCGAAAUAUUGUUUUUUAAAAAAUUUUGUUCGCUCAAGGAAGGUGGGAUUUUUCCAAUAGCUUUGUUGGCUUACAGAGGGGGAAUUAAAAACUUAUUCAAUAUAUUUCAAAGAUACUGCACGAUAGGCUAGGAUUUACAAAUUAUAGCGAAAUUGCGCUACAGGCAAAUAUAUUAUCAAUGAACAUUUCAAUUGCUCGCAAAGUUCUGAGAUUUGGACUUCCUUUAGGAGUUAUGAUAAUGCUUACGCUCAUCUUCAAGUGUAUAAACUUACUCCUUUAAAUUGAAACAAAAAAUCGGAAAGAUUUCUAUUUUUUGGUAUUUUAACCCCCCUUUCAAUUUGUGAAUAAUUUGAAGAAAAAAAAUUGAAGGUGAAAAUAGUGUUUUAUAAAAUUAGUUUUGCCCUAAUUUAAGGUAUAAUGAUAUUUAAACACUAUUUCACACUGAAUAUAGAUUAAUUUUUUUAAAUUAAUUCUUCAUGAAAAUAAAUUAAAAUUAUAAAAAAUUAAUCCCUUUAAAUUGAAACAGGACUUUUGCUCCAAUUUAAAGGGAAAAGUUAGAUGAAAUCUUAUUGGAAAAUUAAUCCUGUUUUUAAGAUAGGAAAAGAAUUUUUAAUAUAAGAUAUCUUAUAUAAUAUUAAUAAAUUUACACUCAAUAUAAGUUUUAUAAAAUAAAUUAGAUUUUUUCAAAUAUUAUUCAUGUAAAAAUUAAGUAUAGAUAUCUCCCAUGUAUGGUUCAAUAAGAGUAGAAGAUUGGAGAGGGAAGCUCUCCAGUUGGUUAAGCCACUCAAGUUAAUCAAAUCUACAUGAGAGACGCUUAUUUUUCAACUCUCCAAUUCCCCGCCCUUACAAGGCAAUACAUGGGUGAAACCUAUACUUAUAUCUUAAUCUCUUUAUGAGUGAGAAAAUAUUCUCGCUCGCCGUCAAGGGGAGGUGUAGAAAAAGGUACAGAUUGAAGAAUUUUAGUAAAAUAGAGUGAUCAAGUGACAUAAUUUCUCUGAUAUUUUUAUUCGCAGACCAUCUUCUUUACUUUCAACAAAUAAAAGUUAUUGGAAUUCCUAUUGAUUCUAAUUGAACGAUGAUUGUUGAAAUUGUAAGGAAUCUUGCCUGAUUGCUGAAAAGCAUUGUAACUAUAGUAAGUGACUCUAUCAAGAUACAUAAAUUGCAGAUAAAAAUACAUCAAGUUGUUAAGCUAGCCCAUCGAAAUGAAAAUUCUGAGCUUAUUUAUAAGCAAGCUAAAGAGGAUUACAAACAAUUGUUAAUACAAAACAAUCUUUUAGUAUGAAAUUUUCUUAAAUCAAUCUUAGAAAUCCCAAUCCCAAUAUAUUAUUUAGACCAAGCCAGAGGAUACUCAACUCUUGUUGGUAUCUUAGGCUCCUUUUCUGCCUUAAUAGGAAUAAACCAAUCAUGGAAACAAAUACAUAAUUUAAACACCCAACUAAGGAUUUAA